GAGCAUCACAUGGUUGCGUAUUAGAUAUGACGUAGCAUAGUGGGUUAUUGGAUUGAUGGAGGAAAAAUGUCUACUGCCAUACGAAUUUAUUUGGCAUAGGGGAUUACAAACCUCGGGCCAAUUUAUAUUACAUUCUCUUUCCAAAUGAUUCGACGCUCGUGCGCAUUACAGUUGGAUAGUGUAAUAUUGCGUAGCAGGCCAAAAUGUCUGUGGCAAAUGCGAAACACACUGUCAUAAAUCCGGUGGUCCCAUUCACUGGCACUAUACCUGGAGGACUGCACCCCGGAGAGAUAGUCAUCGUUCAGGGCACUGUUCCCUUUGAUGCUGACAGGUUCCAGAUGGACCUGUCCUGUGGCUGCAGCACGAGGCCACGGGCAGACAUCGCCCUCCACUUCAACCCUCGUUUUAAGGGCGCCCCCUGCAUCGUGUGUAACUCCCUGCUGCAAGAGAGCUGGGGCAGGGAAGAAACUCUCCACAAGAUGCCCUACAAACAGGGAGCCGCCUUUGAGACCAUCAUCCUAGUGCAUGAUGACUGCUUCAAGGUGGCUGUAAAUGGUGCUCAUUUGUUGGAGUACAAGCACAGGCUCCAACUGGACAAGAUAAACACAUUUUCUAUUGCUGGGAAGGUCAAAGUUCACGCUAUCGGCUUCAUCCCAAACUCAGCAAUAUAUUCAGAGUCAGGAGACUUGGGCCUUCCUUAUAAAGGCAGUCUAAUCAAGGGUUUGAGCCCCGGGCAGCACAUCAUGAUUAAGGGGAAGGUCAGCAGUAUGUACCCUCACAGCUUUACUAUCAACCUCCGCAACAGCAAGACAGAAAACAUUGCCCUGCACCUUAAUCCGCGCAUGAAGUCUGGCACGUUCAUCAGGAACUCUUACCUUAGUGAGUCCUGGGGUCCAGAGGAGAGAGAGAUCCCCUUCUUCCCCUUCUCUGCUGGGGAGUACUUUGAGCUGCUCAUCCUGAUCCAGGCCCACCAGUUCAAGCUAGCUGUGAACGGCUCUCACUUGCUGGACUACAGACACCGGGUGCAGGACCUGAGCACCAUCGACCAGCUGGAGAUCAUGGGCGACCUGCAGCUAAUGGAUACCAAGCUGUGGUGACCCCCAGGGCAACAGACCCCCAGGCUAGGCUAGCUUAAAGUAAAGUAACAGACUGUGGAAGCUAGUUUUGGUUAGACCAGGCUAGGUUACGUUAGGUCGCUUGGUGAGGGGUGCAAGGCAAGGCUAGCCUUCUGUUCGGUUCCAAUUGAUGCUAGGUUUAGCCUUUUGGUAACCCAGACAAGACUUGGCCUGGUUUUGGCAAAUAAUGGACAAUCAGCCCCUUUACAACAACCCAUCCAGGGCUGGAGUGCAUGAACAAAUCCAGCUUUAAACAAAAUGCUGACUGUCCCCCCAUAUCUGAGCCAUGACUGUUUACAGGGUUGCCUUGGUUAGUGUCUUUACAGCACUAACAAGCUAAUAUACUGUAUUAUGCACAACUGGGUGCACUGUUAUGGAAACCGUAAUACACUGGAGGAGAAAAAAGAAAAAGCAUUUAAAAUAAACACAAACCACAAACCAUCAGCAAACAACCGAUUUGACGUCUGGUUUGGAAACUCUGCAGUUGAAUAUCAGAGAGCUGAAUACAAGAAAGGUUAAGAUAUCCCCAGGUUCAACAUGUCAAGGUCAUUAGCAAAAAGAGCACAACUUAUGGAAACUGCGUGACAAACUUUUACUAAUCCAAAUUCAUACAUUUUGAAAACCAUCAAAUCUCAGAAUCUUUACCGUAACUGUCAACAUUCCAUUAGAAUGUAUUGCAAUGUACUGCAACUCACAUUUCAGUAGUGUAGCUGAAAAUCCUUGAAGAUAGGUGCUCUUUUGGAGAGAAGAAAAAAUUACAAUUCUCAGGAACAUACUUGUACCUGUGGAUUUGAUCCCUGAUAUGUUGCUGUCUGUGCAUACAAUAAUACGAAAACCCAUUAAAUGAUUUGAUGUUGCAGUGACAUUGAAGCAUGGACAGAACACCAGGUGAGUUGUAAAUUACACUAAAAUAACUGGAAUCCAUUAUAUUAUUAUUUUAUCAUCUUGUUUAAGUUAUGGCAGUUAUGUUUUUCCCCAUGUUGUCUUUUUAAGUCUUGUCAUUGACAAUCUUUGUCUAAUAAUAAUUUAUUUGUCUAAUCAUUUAAUGUAUUAAAUACUGUGUAGGCAAUGUUUGGUGAGAAGCACUUUGUCAGAUUUGCCAAAAUAAACUUCACAUCUUGAUAGUAACUAAUACAUCUAAUCUUGCCUACACCAGCUUUAAUACCUGGGAUAUCGUACUUCAGCACUAGUCCUUUGUACAGUAAGGCAUACAUUGUGGCCUACUACAUUAUAUUUGCAGAGCAAGAAAAUUACACUCUCAAAGCUGUAUAUUGUGAUGACUAUUCAUUUUACUGUACAUUUUAUGGAUACAUUAUUGUAUGUAUUAUAAAUAAUGUAUUUACAGCUGAAUAAAUGUAUGGAAAUGUGCUCUUCUUCCAAUGUGCUUAAAUAUAUACAGUUCACAGUGUGCUGAAA